UAAAGACUCAUUACUAUGAACAGCUUUAAGCUGUUCAAAUGAUUUUACACAGGUCUAUGACAAAGCGUUUUCCUCCGUAGGUUACUUUAUUGACGUUUCACUUUCACUCCCUUGUCAUAAAGUAGUAAAAUGGAUACCAGGUUUAGUAUGCCACAAAAGGUCCCAGAAGAGUGCAUCACCAAAAUCACAGAGGCACUGCAGUCUGUAAAAUCCAUGAAAACAACACGAGAGUUUAUGACUGUUCUGGAGGUGUUCAGUCAGUUUAAGAUGGACAUUGCUGUGACUGGAGAGUCUGGCUCAGGAAAGUCUACACUUAUUAAUGCACUGCUUGGACUAGACCAUGAUGAUGAAGGGGCAGCAUCAACAGGAGUAGUGGAGACGACAUCAGAGCCAGCCAUGUAUCAAUAUCCAAAUUUACCUUAUGUGAGACUCUGGGAUCUUCCAGGGAUGGGCACACCCUCUUUUGCAUCAAAGACUUAUGUGGAGGCAAUGAACUUUGUCCUAUAUGACAUGUUCAUUGUAGUGAUAUCUGAGAGAUUUAGAGAAAACAACAUGCUUGUGAUUGAUGAAAUACAAAGACAAAAUAAGCCUUUUUAUAUUGUCAGGACCAAAGUGGACAAUGAUUUGCUUUCCCAGAGUAGAAAACUUGCCUUCACUGAAACCAGAGCCUUGGGUCUAAUGAGAGAUGAAUGUUUGAAAUAUUUAAAUGAUAAAAACCUACAUCCCUCUGUGUUCCUAGUGUCAGUUCAUGGCACACAGAAAUAUGACCUGCAGAAACUAAAGGACACACUUGAGAAUGAGGCUUCAAAACUCAAAAUAGAGGUUUUUCCUCUGUUCAUGGCCAAUGUGUUCACCAAAGGUAGAACAAAAGCAAGGACUAUCCAGCAGCAUGCCUUGCAGAGUGGGAAAAUCAGCGAAGAGGACCUUCAGAAGAUAUGCACAAUUUGCAAACACUCUGACUUUGCACAUGGUACAGAAGCACUGAAGACAGUACUGGAUGCAUUAGAGCAUUUCCAGCUUGAUGUGGCCAUCUUGGGGGAAACUGGCUCAGGGGUCUCCACUUUGUUGGAUGCCCUAUCCGGGAAGCAGAAUAGCACUAACAGCACAACUUCAGCCACAAGCCUUCAGUACCCAGAUGUCAGAUUUUGGGCUGUGUCGGGAAUAGAGAGAAUCACUGAUAACUUGGAGGAUAUUAAACUAUUUAUGGAUAAUUUUGACUUCUUUGUGAUUAUUGUGUCAGAGUGGCAGCAGGCACUCCACGUGGAACUUGCAAGAGCUGCAGAUCAGUUAAGGAAACAUUACCACUUUGUUCAGACAAAGGUUGAUUGCUAUUUGCAGACCCAAGGUGAUUUAUGUUAUCCAGAGAUUCAACUCCUGGAUGGACUUCGAGCACAGUCUGCUGAAGAACUUAAGAAGGCAAACCUUGCCCAUUCUCAGCUGUUUCUCAUAAAUGGCUUGGACAAAAAUACCUUUGACUUUGUCAGUUUGGAGUGUGUAUUGAGCAGUGACCUGAAUGCAAUAAGGUUGAGUGCUUUUGCAUAUUGGGUGGAUGGUAUGGUCAGACAGAAACAAAACUAUAGCACUUGUCAGAUACUAUAGUUAUUAGAUUUUAGCAAUUUUGUUUCUGAUUAUAUUGUUUUGAAAAUUGACUAUUUUAUGCAACUUUAUGAGAAGGAAUUUAAUGUUUUCAAGUAGGUAAUUAAAUGAUGCAAUUACCUGUCCCUGUCUUUUGAGGAUGGUUUGCAGCUUUCAGGGUGAAUAAAUGUAUAGGCUGUUAUGCCACCUAAGGAACAAAGUAUGCUUUUGUAUAGAAGUAUAAUUUGUUGUUGUUGUUGUUGUUGUCUGAUUUUUGAAGUCUAAUAUAUCUACUGGUAGGGCAGUGGUUCAGGCACUUGACUUGUAAUGGGAUGGUUGCUGGUUCAAGCCCCACCACUGCCAAGUUGCCACUGUUGGGCCCCUGAGC